AUGCCUCAACUUCUUAACAGCAUUCUCAAUGUAAGCAAGGUUUUCCAGGACUAUGCUGAAUAUCAUGGGGUAGGCGCUUCACUGAGCAAGAAGGAGUUGAAGCAGCUGCUCCUCACUGAGUUUGGAGACAUCCUUCGGAGACCAAACGAUCCAGAAACUGUGGAAACCAUUCUGGAACACUUGGACCGAGACAGAAAUGGAUAUGUUGAUUUUCAUGAAUACCUCUUGCUGGUAUUCCAAUUGGUACAAGCCUGCCAUCAUAAGCUAGAUGGUAAGUUCCAUGGAUCUAGAACCUCCUCCGAGAGAGAACAUGAUCAGGAAGGAACACGGAGCCAUAAAUUUUCAAAAAGCGCAGGCAGACAACAUAGGCAGAGGUAUGAAGGAGAACGCCGGAACUCUCACCACAAUCAGUCUGAAGGACAACAUCAAAAUGUCCAACAUGAUCAGGCCCAGAGACAAGAUAAGGACUCUGAGAGACAUGAUACCGAUCCUCACUGUGGUCAGUCAGAGACAUUCCAUGGGGACUCCCACUAUGGCCAUUCUGAGAGACAAGACACAGAUUAUAGCUCAGAUCAGUCUGAGUCAGACAAUGAAUCUUCUAGUUCUAAUCAAAGACUGGGUUAUAAAUCUAGUCAUGAACAGCCCAAAGGUCAAGGAUAUGUCUUUGCCUUAAGUCAGUCUAAGAAGCCUGAGCAGACUUUUCAUUAUGGCCAGUCUAAAACAUCUGGACAACAAAGCAGUCAUGGUCAGUCUGGAAGAUUCCGAAAAGAUUCUUAUUCUAGUCAAACCAGUCAACAAGAAUCAGAUUCUUAUGAACAAUAUGGAAGUCAGCAUCAGAAAUCAGGCAACAGUCAGACAGAGAGACAAGGCCAGAAUUCUCAGUAUGGCCAGACAAACAAAAAAGGACAUAGUUCAUACCAUGAGCAGACAGAGGGACAAGGUCAGAGUUUCCAUUAUGGCCAGAAAGGCAGACAAGGUCAGAGUUUCCAACAAGGUCAGAAAGGUAGACAAGACCAGAGUAAAGGCAGGCAAGACCAGAGUCCUCACCGGGGUCAGAAAGGCAGGCAAGACCAGAGUUCUCACCAGGGUCAGAAAGGCAGACAAGACCAGAGUUCUCACCAGGGUCAAGACCAGAAUUCACACUGGCAUCGGACAGACAGACAAGGACAGAGUUUUCAUUUUGAUCAGGCAGGCAGAGAAGUCCAGGGUUCUCACCAGGGUCAGACAGACAGACAAAGCCAGAGUUCUCACUGUGGUCAGUCAGAGAUUGGAAAAACUGAAAAUCAAGGGCAAAACAGGCACUCUCUAGGGACUGAUAGAACAAGAAGAGACUCAUAUGUUGAACAAUCUGGAAGGUCAGGAAAACUAAGUCAGCAGAAUUCAAGAGAAGAAGUGAGUCAAACCCAGAGUCAGAGAUCCCAUGAUAGAAGGGAGCAGCAAAUCCAGCAGCAGACAUGGAAGCCUAAAGAGGACAACCAACACAAACUCUUAGCUCAGGUACAUCAAGAGCCAUACUCCCAUGAAGAGUAUGAUUGGCAAUCACAGAGCAGCGAGCAGGACCACUGCGGGGAGGAAGAAUAUCAAGACUGGGAUAGAGACAGUAUUGAGGAUCAGGAAAAUCUGUAUGAGAUGCAGAACUGGCAAACUCAUGAAGAGGAACAAAGCCAUCAAACAAGUGAUAGGCAAACCCACGUAGACAAGCAGAACCAGCAGAGACAACACAGGCAAACUCAUGAAGAAAAUCAUGAUCAUCAACAUGGGAGGCAUCAUGAAGAUGAGCACAAUCACAGGAGAAAAGAUCAUCAUCAACAAAGGGAGAGACAAACCCAUGAAGAAAAUGAGAAGUAUCAAGGAGGCCAAGACCAAUCCAGAAGCUUCCCCAACAGAGAAAAAUCCCACAUGAGUGAAGAUGACCAGUGUGAAGGGCCCCAGGGAAGACAUUUCCAUCCAACUCAUGGUGGUGGAAAGUCCCAAAGAAGAGAAAAAUCUGGAAACCACCCUACCAAACCAGCCAACUAUUCCAGCCCUUUGUACGACUAUGUCCAAGAACAGGCAGCAUAUCAGUACUAGGCUGUGUGAGCAUCAAGGUUAAAGCAGUUUGAAGCUAAAGAAGAAACCUACAUGCCAAUUCAUCUUUACUUCUGUUUAAAAGGUUGAAAUUAUAUGUCAUCUUUCUCUUUUUCCUCUGUCUACAAGAAUGCUUUUGAAGACUUGUAUACUCACUUUUGAAAUUUCAAUUUCUUGAAUAGCAAUUGCAUGGUUAGUUGGUUGGGUGGAGUAAAUUAGGGGAACUAAUCAAUCUUCAUUUUGAUCACUUUUUGGAUUUGAAUCAUCGCUAGUUUAUUUUCAGUUUAGGUGAUACCUAGUUGAAUCACUGAAUGGCAGAGCACUCUCCCUGAAAUUCAGAAACAGGGAAAAGUACACUAAAAACUUAUACUAUAUUUGAAGAAAGGGAUUUUGGACUUUGGUGAGCUUUGGCUCUUAUGGGUAAAAUAUCAGGAACCACAAGCUUCAUGGUCUAGACUUGGAUGAAACAGUGAGAAGCCCCUAUGGGAGCUAGAGAUCAUGGAGAGAUUCUCUGAUAUUAGCAUCUCUGACGCCUAGGCUCCUCUUCCUCCAUUGAUGGGUCAUGAGAAUUGACCAGACCCACUAAACCAUCACACAGAAAGAAAAUAUAUAUCUGUUUGAAGAUUCCUGGUAGCCCAGAUGAUCAAUUCUGAAAACCUUUCCAACAAAGACCAUAUGUAGAACAUGAAAUUAUAUUAAAUAUUCAAUAAAUGAUUGGUGA